ACAACUAUAAAUUGCCUAUAGCCAAACAUAUUAGUAUGUAAUAGUAAUAGACAGGCUUAUAAAAAAUGGCCAAGGAAGGGAGAGGUUUCGGAAAGAAAGAUUCGAGCUUGAUGUUCAGAGAGAUUUCGCCGCCACACAAAUGGGAUCAGGAUUUACAUUCUCAUUACCUGCGCUUAACACUUCCCGGUUUUGCAAAUGCCGACAUAACUUUACACAUAGACAAAUACGGCCAUCUGGUGGUUCGUGGAAGCCACCAGAUAACCGAACACAAGUACGUGAGUUUCGAGGAGACGUUUGACGUGGCCGAUGACGCCGACCUCGAGCAGGCCGAGGGAUUGUUUCAAGACGAACAAAUAUAUUGUGUGGCCAUCCCUAAGAGCAACAAAUUAGGGCAAAGGAAUGAAGAUGGAGUUAAAUUUGAUGAUCGUGAUCAUAAUAAGGAUAAGAAAAGUGAAUCCAUGCCUAAUAAAUAUGGAGUUAGGACAAUGCCAAAUGAUCCGUCACGUCCUUCCUCACUUAUUAGGACACACAAGUCCAUGAGGAAAAUUGUAUUUUUAAUUGCAAUAUUAGUUGCGAUAUAUGCUGCUUGGCUUAAUCGUGAACCUAAUAAUUGAAACAUUUAUUUGUAUAGUGUCGAAUAAGCAUGCAAUUAAGUAUGUGAAUAAUGUUUGAUCUAUGAAACUGAAUUGCAAAUUAA